AUGGAUGCUUCCGUCCGCCCCAGUCCGCUCUCAGUGCGCUCCGCGGCCUCGUCCCUCAUCCUCUGGGCCCGCUCGGAAGCUUCCCGUCCGCACCCCCCUUCACACGCUUCUCGACUAGCCAUCCCCGUCCACCCCGGACACCCUAGCGCCCUCGCCUGGCUCCGCGCUCAGCGCUUUCCACAAAAGCUUUUCUUCCGGUCCCGCUCCCUAGACUUCGAGGUCGCAGCCGUGGGCUUUGUUCACCACGCCACAGGCCCGCGCUUCACCCGUGACGCCCAUCUCGAGCUCCUGCAUAUCCUCGCCCCAGACGACUCUACGCAGCGUUUUUAUGGCGCCGCUCGCUUUGAUGACGGCCCCAAUUCCCGUCGCGACGACUUGUGGAAACCAUACGAUGGCUACACUUUUGUAUUGCCCGCGGUCGAGCUCUACAGAGACCCUGACGGAGGCUUCCACCUCGCCGCUAACUUUUACCCUCCCGCUGGUCUCGAUCUUCUUACUCGAGUUCUUGUUAAUAUCGUCCCUACUCCACUAUCUAUUUUUACGUCCAACCCAGCCGCCUUGAUCCCGCGCGCCGACCGAGUUGCCGAUUUGACCAUCUUUCCCGAUUGGCAUGCCGCAAUAACCACAAUUCUCCGCGACCUUUCGACUGGACAGUACGGCAAAAUCGUCCUCGCUCGACGCAAGCGCUUCAGCUUCAAUCCCCACGCAUCCCCAACACCUGUCCACAUCCUCGCCGCCCUGGAAGAGCAGGAUGCCCUAAAAACACGCCAUUUCCCUCCCCUUAAUGGAGAGACUCGGCCACAGGACUCUGCCGAGCAGCGAAACAGCUACCUUUUCUGUCUCCAGCUGGACCAUCGCUCUGCCUUUCUUGGAUGCACUCCAGAGCGUCUCUUCAGGCUCGAGGGACAGAGCAUCCUCGCCGAAGCAUUGGCCGGAACAGUACGAAGGGGUUCUGACGGAAAUGAAGGUCAAGUCCUCUCUGAGCUCAUGAGUUCCAAAAAUUUAGAAGAGCAUCGCUUCGUUGUCGAUUACAUCAGAACUGCACUCGCAGACUGCGGUGUUCAGGCAGAUACCAAUGGGCCACAUGUCCGACGACUUCCAAGGCUCAUGCACCUCGCCACACAUAUUCACGGACAGUUUCCGCUCCCUUCUGACACUUCCUUGAAUGGACACCGCGCCGAUGUGGGCGGAAACGCCUCUGGAAGCAACGUAUUCAAAUUGCUGCGGACAAUGCAUCCUACUCCAGCUGUUUGUGGUAUGCCACGCGAGAAGACAAUCACGGAACUCGAGAACCUGGAGGAUUUUGACCGUGGCUUGUUUGCUGGUCCACUUGGAUGGUUCUCUAGAGAAGCUGGUGAGUUUUGCGUCGCCAUUAGGUCUGCCCUAGUCCAUGACAAUGAUGUCACGGCUUUCGCAGGCAGUGGCAUUGUGCCGGCCUCAGAAAGCAGGUCAGAAUGGGAUGAAACUGAACUCAAGAUGUCUGCCUUUACAGACCUGUUCCAGCCUGCCGUGCACAAACCGCAUGUAAGAACGGAAAGACUCUUGAUGGAGAUGGUCACACCACUGUUGGCGGCGAAUUUGUCUCUCCAUGAUCUCCAUAAACUAGAGAAUGGAGAUACAUAUCCGUAUGGAACUUGCAAUGGUUCAAACACCACCCAUGUCAGGUCUGGUCUUUCUGGUCUUUCGUUGCAUGAAAAUUCCUUAGGUGCACCCCCGCCAUCACGUUCUGGUUCAACCAAUUCUCUUGAUUCUUCGUACGAAACUUGUAAUGCAAGCACGCCUGUGGGGCCUUCUUCACUUGACUUUGAUGCUAGUAUGCUCAAAGACAUGCCAAACUUGAACACAUUAUGGGGGUGCUGCGUCAUUGAAGAGUUGUGCAGAAACCAUGUGAAUACUUUCUUUGUUGCCCCGGGAUCCAGAUCCGCGCCCCUAGCAGUCGGGGUUGUUCGAUCAAGGCACGCUAUUUUGCACAUCACGCAUGAUGAAAGAGGAGCAGGCUUCCUGGCUGUGGGAUACGCAAGAGCGACAGGUCGAGCCGCGGCAGUCAUCACGAGUUCAGGCACGGCAGUCGCAAACCUGCUCCCUGCAGUCGUUGAGGCCUCAAUGGACAACUUGCCAGUGAUUUUACUAACUGCAGACCGACCACCUGAAUUGCGUGAGGUAGGUGCGAAUCAGGCAAUUCGACAAUGCGAGAUUUUUGGAAGUUACACGCUAUGGACGAAGGACAUUCCAUGUCCGAGCACCUGUAUUCCGCUUCGUAAUCUAUUAAGCGACAUCGACUAUGCAGUGCACAAAAGCGGAAGCGGAAGUCUCUCCUCAUCAUACGAGUCAGGCCCCAUACAUCUAAAUAUGAUGUUUCGGGAGAAGCUGGCGCCAGACCACCAAGCCUGGGACCGCGAGUAUGUAAACGCUGUGGGAACGCGAUGGCAGAAAUCGCUCGCUCCUUUGACGCAGUAUCACUCCACGUCGAGCACAUGCACUGCGUCCCUCGAGGGUCUCUUCCACGAUUUACAACGGAAAGUAGCUGGGGUUAUCAUUGUGGGAGGUGGCUGCGGCUGCAUUCGGACAGAAGAUGAAGCGCUUGCCCUCUACGAAAUUGCAGAAACUCUGAGGUGGCCUGUAAUCUCAGACGUCUGCGGGGGACUGCGAUUGAACAAAUGGAAAAAGGGACGGUUGGUACAUUAUGCGGAUCAAAUUUUGAUAUCUCGAGCUGCAACGCAGGCGCUAGUUCCGGAUGCUGUGUUGCAGAUUGGGGAACGGGUGACAUCGAAGAGGGUAUAUGAGCUAAUCAGCUCGGCGAGCAAGGUGUGUUCAGACAGGGAUGAGGAAUUUGCUCACGUGGUUGUGUCACGCAGUAGCAAGCGGUGCGACCAGGGGUUCACUGUGACGCACCGUCUACGAAGCGAGGUUUCGGAGAUUUUGGAGGCCGUCAAGAUGGUUCCGAGGGCAUCUGGAAAAAGGGAGAGCAAACUGAUGGUGCUGACUGAAAUCUCUGACAAGAUGGACAUGGUGCUGCAAAAGAUGAUGCAGAGCAGCGUCGAAGGCGACGAGCUGACGGAGCCAUGGUGCAGCCGGGUGAUCUCGGAGUGCACACCAGCGUUCAGCGGGCUGUUUGUGGGCAACUCGAUGGUGAUCCGGGACAUGGACGCGUUCGGACGGGGCCGUGCCGACGGUAUGCACGUGCGCAUCAGCGGCAACCGUGGGGCGAGCGGGAUCGACGGGGUGGUGUCGAGCGGGAUCGGGUUCGGGCUGGGGCUCAGGCGGGAGGUGACAAUCGUGCUGGGCGACAUGUCUCUGCUGCACGACCUCAACGCGCUGCACCUGCUCCGGCGCGGCGGGGCGGAGGCGUGGCACCGUGUGACGGUGGUGGUGGUGAACAACGGCGGCGGCGGGAUCUUCUCGAUGCUGCCGAUCGGCAAGCACCGCGACGUGUUCUCGCCCGUGUUUGACACGCCGCAUUCCGUGGAGUUUCGGCACGCGUGCGACAUGUUCGGGAUGCAGUACCACGGGGUGCGCAGCGUGGGCGGGCUGCGCGACGCGCUCAAUGACGGGGGCGACGGGGGCGACGGGGGCGGGAGAAGGCACCGGAUGAUCGAGGCGUUCGUUAGCGGGGACCAUGGCAGCAACGCGGCGCUCCACCAGCGGCUGGGCGCGGCCGUUGCGCAGCAGGUGGCGUCGUUCUUUGCGGGGCAGGGGACGCGACGGUCGGCAAGGUGCGGGGCGGGGGCAGGGGCGGCAGAGGAAUGGACGACCUGA